UUUAUUAACUUUAUUCUAAAGUGUUGCUUAGUUACUAACCUGAGUGAUUUUCUUCAAAAUCAGAAUUAAUACUGUUGCUUUCCAGCUGUUUCCUAUUUAAUUUCAGAGCACACAGAUUUCUACACACAUUGAAGAAAGUCAUUAAGGACAACUUCUUGAGGAGUCCCUGAAAGUAUGUUUAAGAAGCUCCGAGCUUGUUAUGAAACUUAUAUCAAAACCUUUUUUUCUUCUGUGAAGGAAGAGCCCUACAAUCCAACUGGCAGCAUUUUUCAUAAGCAAAAAAUUGUUAGAUAUGGCACCAAUGUGAGGAAUACACAACUACCCCUGGAACAGAGAGCCCAAGCUGCAAAAAAUAUUGGACUGCUAGCGUACACAGGUGGGCCAAAUGCUGGAAUUUAUGCAUCAGAAUACAUCCAGGACCUAAUUGAUAUCUUGCACAUGCCAGAUACUUCAGCAAAUGUGAGGAUCCUGGUGCUCCAAGGGCUGUGCGGUAUUUGCUAUAUAAAUUACAGUAACCAAAACAAGGUAUGCUAUCCAGGUGGGGAUAACAAUGGAGCCACUCCUUCCAUUUAACCAGUUGAAGAAUUUUUGCUAUUGUGCACCUUUAUGCUUCAGUGUGAGUUUUCUUUCUCUUCAGUUUCUUCAGUUAGAAUGAUUUGUAAAGAAUCCCUUCACCAGAUCUUUUCCUUCUGUCAGAAGCUAACUGAUAGGAUUUAAUUGUGGAGACCAUUGUAAUUGCACCAGAAAUCACACUGAAAGGUUUUAGGUUGCAUAAUUAUAAUUUAGCCCACUGAGCACAAAAGUUUAGUUUAAAAAAAUAGAUGUUGUGACCUUUUUUAGAUUGAUUUGAACAAUUUUCAGUCUCAAAACUAGCUGUAUUUCUCUUUCCAAGUUCAGUGUGCCAUACUGGUUUCAGUGUGUUUGUUUCACAGAGAAUGAAAAUCUGAAUGUCAU